GAAAGCAAGGACUACCUGAAAUUAGAGAAGCCAAUGUUCAUACCGCUGGGGUGUAAACUACCCAAGCAAAUAUGAGGUGCUGCACCUCCAAUAUGCCAGAGUGAGGCCCAGGACAGAAAGGUCGGAUUCGGAAUGGGAAGGGGAGUUGAAGUGUUGAGCCACCGGGAGAUCAGUUUGGUUAUUGCGAGUUGAGUGGAGGUGUUGUGCGAAGCUAUCGCCAAGCCUGUGCUUGUCUCACCGAGGUUGAUCAUAUGCUGAAUAAUCCAACCAUAUUUUUGUUUGGAAGUGCAUGCAAGAGCUAAAAGCAUCCUGUGCAAAGAUGGAUGGAAUUCCAGGAAGUGUAGACAGUCAGGUCAAAGAAUUGGUCAGUUUGCUGGUUUUUGGGGGCAAGCAAACUUCACCCGAGUCCUUCAAGGAAUGGCUGUCUUCUCAAUUUGCAAGUCACAGUGAACUUCAGAUCCUUUUGAAAGAUUUGGAAAUGAAAAUCCUUACAAAUCUUACUCGACACUGGAUCGAGACAAAACAACUGCCAGAUGCACAGGUAGCUGCUUGUGCAGUGAACAAUGCAGGGAUCAGUGGCAUUUCAGAGGAGCAAGUACAUGUAAUAUUUGGCAAUGCUUUAAAACUGUACAGUGAAGAUAGGACUGGAAUGGUGGAUUUUGCUUUGGAAUCUGGAGGUGGUAGCAUCUUGAGCACACUUUGUUCUGAAACCUAUGAGACUGCAACAGCCGUGAUGAGUCUUUUUGGAGUUCCACUUUGGUAUUUCUCUCAGUCUCCUUGUGUAAUAAUUCAGCCAGAUAUUCAUCCUGGAAACUGCUGGGCAUUCAAAGGAUUCCAAGGUUAUUUGGUUAUUCGGCUUUCUGUGGAGAUCUAUCCUUUUACUUUCACUCUGGAGCAUGUACCAAAGUCUCUUUCACCAGCGGGCAAUAUUAGCAGCGCACCCAAAGAUUUCAGUGUUUACGGUCUAGAGGAUGAGUAUCAAGAGGAAGGUGCAGUCUUUGGAAAAUACACAUAUGACCAGGAUGGAGAAGCAAUACAGACUUUCUUCAUCGGGGAGAAAAGCUUGAAGAAAUACCAAAUAAUUGAACUCCGAAUAUUCUCCAACUGGGGACAUCCGGGGUAUACAUGUCUCUAGCGGUUCAGAGUACACAGUGACCUUGUGAAUCAGUGAAAUGUCGAUUGUGCUCGUAUUGUAAAAAAGAUUGUGUAUAUACUGGAAGGUUCGGGGCUAUGUUCUGGACUCUGGAAUUUGUUCUUGGGAACUGUGGCAUGAAUAACGCAUAUUGUUGAAUCGCCUACUAUCGGAUGCUUUCCAAAAACUGCCAGCUGUACUGUUAACGGCUUUGUCAUCUUUUUUAGAGCAUUUCUUUGUCUCAAUUUUAUUUUGGUGAAAGUCUGGUGUUUGUGUCGUGAAACAGCAGUAUCGAAUGCCUUUCUAUUUGGAAAGGGGGUGCGGGAUGGAACUUGUACAGAGCAUUUUUAUUAGAUAUUGGAUAAUGCUUAUUUGUAUAUUGCACAAAGGUCCUUGUAUUUGUAAAAAGGAAGAUUCAAAGGUAUGAACUUGUAUUAACCAAUAUAAUUAUAUAUUUAACUUUCGGCCUAAAACCUGUGGCCUAUGUAGAAAGACUUGGAAUAUGAAAUGCACUCUUUGCAAACUAUAUGAAACUGGUCAUAUUUCAGCCUGUAAAGUGGAAUUAGGGAUUUGGGGAAAGGAACUUUGUGAAACAAAUAAUAUAAAUUGCAUUAAUUGCAAUGUGUAAAAAGAGUUGAGAUACUGUAUUAUAAUUUUGCUGCAUGU